GUUCCGUGUUGCGCAUGAAGCGCGUAGAGUGCACAGAAAGUCGUUCCGAGUUAGCUAUUGCGCGCUUCGAAAGCGCUUCGAGAGAGCUAUGAAUUCCCUAGAGUGUACUAACCGUACUGAAUUCUUAGCACUCCUCCCAGCGCAUUGACUGCUGCUCUUUCGACUUGAGGCAGUGGAUGCGUUUGAUGCGUUCGUGCGAUCUAUGCGCUUCUUGCGUGAUUCGGAACGCACACUAUAUGUAUAUCGAAUCGGCACUGGAAUUGCUGUAAAGUGGUACGAUGGGUGAUAAAUUGCAAGAAUUUCCAGUUUUAUUAGAAAAUGAAGUCAUUAGUUUAUUUUUAAACAAAGCCGACAUUGAAAAAGCAUUAAAAGAUCAAAAAUUUUUAUUAAGUCUUAUUGAGAAGGAGCAGAGCUCCAAAGAAAAUGAUAAUCCAGAAGAUGAAAAUGUCGACAAAAACGAUACCGAGAAGAAGAUGUUUGUAUGGCCAGACAAAGCUGUACUUUUACUACUAGAUAUGUACAGAGAAAGAGAAGAAGAUUUCUCUAAUGGUUUAAAGCGCAGCAAUAAAAUUUGGGCGGAAAUUGCUGCCCAGAUGAAAAAUUUUAACCCAGAGUAUGAAGUUACAUCAAACCAAUGUGCCACAAAAAUGUCUGGAUUAAAACGAACCUAUAAAAACAUUGUUGAUCAAAAUAAGAAGAGUGGCAAUCACAGAAGUUCGUGGGCAUUUUUUUCGGUUAUGGAUUCGAUAUUUGGCAAUAAAGCGUCAACUAGAGCUCCUGCAAUUGCCACCAGUGACGGUCCAUCAGACCCAAAUAUCGAAGGAUCGUCAUCAUCUUUGUCAUCAAUCACUGAAACCCCUGAAUUGAAAAGUCCACCGAGAAAGAGAAAGCGAAUAGAACAUGUUGUGGAAGAGUUCAUUGAACGUAUUAAGGUUGAAAAGGAAGAAACAAGAGAAGAAAUGAAAAGAAGAGAAACAAACCAAGAAAAAGUACGCGAAGAAAAAAGAAAAGAUCGUGAGAAGAGACAUAACGAGCAAAUGGAAGUGCAGAGAUCAUUAAUCUCCAUAUUGCAGCAAUUUUUAAAUAAAUAAAUGCGGUUUGUUCCAUCUCCUAGUAAAUGAUAUGGAUGUGUUUGUAGCGUUUUCAACUGGUACGGAUUAAUCCGUUCCGGAUUUCAUCUCUCCAAUAGGAGAGCUUGUUUUAUUUAAAAUAAUAGUUUACAAAACUAUUUAUUCUAUAGUUUUGAUCAGUUAUGAGUUUUAAGUUCUGUUUUUAAAUUUUAAAAAUUUGUUCUUAUGUUAUACUUAAUGAGCAUAUAGAUUCCAAAGAUGCAAGGAUAUUUUUUAAUGUAUUUCUUAAAGUAUUUUUUUAACGUAUUGAAGUAUUCUGAAGGUGGUUAAGAAAAAUAUUUAGAAUAAAGAAUAGUUUUAUAAGAUUAAAUGUGAUAAUAGCAAUAAUAAA